AUGACGCGCGCGCGCGACGCGUGGCGAAGGUUUAUCGCGCGACGCGCGCGAAAGACGACGCGACGGGCGAAAACGAAGGCGAAAGUGAAAGUUGAGGAAGAGACGGGAGGACGAGGGCGCGACGACGACGAGGACGCGUCGUCGGGGCGGGCGUCGACGACGACGACGAGCGCGACGAGCGAACGCGAACGCGAGGGAAUCGCGAGCGAGGGGUUGGUGGAGGAUUUCGUCGAGGCGCUGCGACGGGAUGGGACGCUGGCGCGGUUGGAGAGAACGGCGAAGGAGAUGCGCGCGGACGCCGAGAACGGGUUCGAGAUCGGAGGCGGCGAGGGAGGGGAAGACGACGAGACGGCGACGAGGAAACUGUUGGCGUAUCUGGACGACGACGCGCGCGUGAAGUAUCGGUCGGUGACGAUGACGAUGGGCGAGGCGCUCGAGGUGGUGCCGCUCGGGCGGAUGUCGAGCGCGCACGCGACGGCGCGAUUGGACUCGACGACGUCGGGAUCGGCGGCGUCGGCGCGCACGUCUUCGGAAAGUUCGGGCGCGGCUUUGCUGCUCGCGUGCGCGAUCGAUGACGCGAGCGUUGAUGGCGGUGAUUGUUUGCACCGCGCCGUCGUCGUGGGGGGUGAGACGCCGAAACUGAGGCGCGUGAACGCCAUGCGUCGACGGAGCGCCGAUCCGGCGACGUUGAGCGAGAGCUCCGAUUCCGAAUCGCCGACGCGGACGUGCGUGACGCCCGAGCGUUCGGGCGUGAAAUCGUUACGAACGGUCUCGUCGUUGAAGCCGUCAUCGCUCGGUACGCUGCAUUCAUCCGGCGACGUCGACGAAGAUUCGUCGUCGCCCGAAGAAGCCGCGUGGACGCCGAGGGAAAUUGAAAUUUUUCCGCCGCGCGCGCGCGCCAGCAUCCACGACGCGCUCGGCGACUUUUCGUCCUUCACCACGAAUGAGGACGAAGAAUGCAACCAAGGCGACGAUGACGACGACGUGUGGCGACGAAUGUUGACGUAUCGUCUUUCCAAUCUUCCACGAACGUCUCGCGCGAGAACGACGCCUUCGCAGACGAUCGGCUUGAGUUUUCUACGAUGGGUCGACGCGGAAGCACAAGCCUUGGACGGUGAAGCGAGUCGUCACGCGUUUCGAGCGAACACGAUCGAGCGGGAGGUUUCCGAGCAGACACUUCGACUGACGGCGGCGAUUCGACGCGUGCCUUCCGAGCGCUUGCAAGGCGCGUUGCUCGAGCUCCAUCGGCUUUCGCUCGACUCUCUCCAACGCGAAUGCUUCGUUCGGCAGCUGGAGGCGCAGCGCUCGCGGCUCGCCGCCAUUCUUUCCGACCCGCGAUUGCGUCGAACGCCCGAAACGGCGAGCGAUGCGUUCGACUACGUAUGCGCGCUUUGCCUCGAAGGCCGCUUGAGCGCGCGAUGA